AUGUCAAUAUUGAAUCAAAGUAGUUUGAAUGAAGUGUCCAUUGAUUGGCGAAGUGAAGCUUUUUCACAAGCUCAGCUUUUGUCAAAUCUUUGUCAACUUGCUAAUGAAACAAUUCAGGAUGCUAUUCAUCGUUUUCUGUUACAAUAUUUUGUUACUUUAAAUAUCUUGUCCGAAAAUGAUUUCACUUUACAAAUGAAUUCAACAGUCAAUGAACUUUUACAAUCGACUAUUCUUUACUUUAAUCUUCUUGUCGGAACAGUACGGCUUCUUAUGCAAGUCGAUCAGCCUUUAAUGGGAAUUCAUCAACAGGAUUCAAAAGACAAUUUAGAUUCUAUCUCAAAUAUUGUAACAAUUCUAACAGAUGAUGAGCAAUUUUUACAGUUAACCAUCGGUUUGAGUACAACUCUCGAUACAAAUUACACAUCGAUCAAUUGUAUUUGUGCAACAAAUUCAAACUGUAAAAGUCCAGUUGCCAUCUAUACUGUUAAUUUUAAUUCUCAUGGUUAUUUUGACUAUAAUAUUGUGUAUAUAGUACCUGGAGCAUACACAGGAUGUUCUGCUACUGAAUCUCUUUUAUUAUCGACAUUUGAAUGUUUCUAUGCAGAUUCCGAAUGUUUUCCAAGUGUGAUGACUUAUAUCAAAGAAAUGUAUGUUUAUAAUGUGGAAAAUCCAUCCUGGUUUGAUGUUCAUCCACUGGUAUAUGAUCCAAUGUCAAGUAAUUAUCCUCCGAGUACAACAAUCUCCACUAUUGUAGAAAAUAUGAUGAUUGAACAAUGGAAUUCAAGUUCGUCAUAUGAAAGUUUUUAUAAAUUAUGCGCACCAAAGUAUUGCACUUAUUCGGAAAAUCUUCGUAAGAAUACGUCGAUUGACGUGAUUGUAGCAUUGAUAUCGAUGAUUGGUGGUCUGUCUGUUUCACUACGCUUGAUUAUACCGCGUCUUGUCAAAUUUAUUACAAAAUUAUGGAAAAUAAUUACCAACAGACGACAAGAACAACAAACAGUACAAAUGAACGAGUCCGUCGGAAUGAAAAUAUUCAUAUGGAAUAGAAUUAUUUUAUUAUACAGUACAAUAAUCAAUCUAAAUAUAUUCUCAUCACGAAAUUUUGGACAUGACGUUGAUAGAGUGACAGUAAAACGUUUAGGUCAAUGGGCAACACGUCUCUAUAUGGUUCUUUUCACCAUCGGUAUCAUUAUUUUCACAUCGUAUACGACCAUUAAACCUUAUGUUGGAAGAAAAACAUUUGAUAAACCAUCAUUUGAUAUCUACAAUAAACUUUAUGAAAAAUAUGAUGAACGAUUGAAAUGCUCAUGUUCAUUAAUUUCAUUUACAUACGAUCGAUUUGUCAAUAUUAAUCUAACAUUUCAUCAGAUCUGUUCAAGUACAUUUACUUCGAACGAAUGGCAAAGAAAUUUAUUAGAUUAUGCUCAAAUUGACUAUCGUCGUUUUCUCUCUUCUCAUUUGCAAUAUCUUCAAGGAUUAUGCGAACUUUCUAGACAAUCAGUAAACACUACUGUACAACAGUUUCUUUUCUCAUUAUUCAUUGGUGAUCAACUGUUUUCUGAACAGCAUUUUAAUGAUCGUCUUCAAUUACGAAUUCAAACGGUUAUAUCUAGUGCUCCAACGAUAUUUUUAACACUUUUAUCCUUCAUUCGAAAUAUUAAUCAAGGAAACGCUAUUGUGUCAACUUAUGGAACAAAUUUUCGAUAUUUAUAUCCAUUGAAUAAUCCUUCGAACACAUACGCAAUUACUCAACCAAUUAUCUAUGAUAACAAUUGUUCUUGUGCGUUUUAUUCAAAUUGUACAACUCAAGCAUAUAUUUUUCAAAGAAAUUCUUCGGUAACGAUACCAAUAAAAGGUUUGAAAAUCGGUUGUAUACCUAGUGAAUCAUUUCGUUUAUCCACUCUUGAAUGUUUCUACGAUCGAACAUGUUUUGAUCUUCUCCAACAAUCUACAAAUCAUAGUGAUUCUCUUCCAUUAAAUCAAAGUCGAUUUGUAAUCAACACAACAGUUGACGAACUUAUUUCGAAUUUGUUCAUUGAACAAUGGUCAAUAACACCAAAUUAUUCAUUAUAUUUUCAACAAUGCUCACCUUCAUCAUGUUCAUAUACAUUUGUUCAGAAGAUCAAUUUUCUAUAUACGAUUACUUUGAUACUUGGCUUUCAAGGAGGAUUGAAUAUUGUUCUCAAAUGGAUUUGUCCACAAAUAAUUCAAAUACUUCAGUUUAGAAAAAAACGAAAGAUUCUUGCUCAAGUAACAUUAGUGUUACCAACUAUUGAACUUCAUCAAACGGUCGCAAACGCAUCAGUUCGAUAUUCUUUCAAACUUUGUUUAGCACUUCUAUCGAUCUUGUUUCUAAUCACUAUUUUGAUUAUAUUUUCCAUUUUUGGUAUUCAGAAGGAUGACAAUCCGGUUCAAUCGACAGUUCCUACAAUGGUCGAAACAAUCAGUAGUAUAACAAAUUCUACAACGAGUAUGGAAAUGCUAAGCACAAAUACGAAUGCUUCGGUGUCGACUUGUCCAGCUGAAUUUCAAGUGAUAAGAACGAAUUUACCUGGUUAUCUUAAUUUGAAAUUAUCUGCUAUGGGUGACGUGAACAACGACAAUCAACUCGAUCUCAUAUUUUUCUCUUCAACAACUUAUACGAUAAACACACAACUUGGUAAUGGUAAUGGAACAUUUCGAGCAUCGAUUAUGUCCGUUAUAGGAUACACAAUGUUGCUAAAUAAGCUUAUUUUAAGUGAUUUCAAUCAAGACAAACAGCUAGACAUCGCUUUCAUUGAGACGAAUGUACAGCAGAUGGGUAUCAUGAUUGGUUUUGGUAACGGAAGUUUUGCAAUAUCAGAUCUAAUCUCAACUGGAAAUAAUAGUUACCCAUUCGACUUGAUUGCCACUGAUUUUAACAAUGAUAGUUAUUCCGAUCUGGCCAUUGUUAAUUAUUGUGAACAUUAUAUUGCCAUAUUUCUUGGCUAUGGUAAUGGCAGUUUUUUGUCACAAACAAAUCUUUACACUGGUCAUAACAGUUGUCCAACAUCAAUUGCCAUCGUCGACUUUAAUAGAGAUGAUCACGUAGAUAUCCUAGUAGUAAAUCAUAUGAGUAAAACUAUUGCUUUAUUUCUUGGUUACGGCAAUGGAAGUUUCCAAGUGCCAAUAACAUCUUUCGCUGGUGGUGGCAAUUCUAUCUAUCCAUAUUAUGUAGUUAUUGCUGAUUUCAAUAGUGAUUCUGUAUUUGAUGUCGCUCUCUCUUACACAUCAAUGUACUCUAUUGGUAUUAUGUUUGGAUAUGUAAAUGGAUCAUUUAGUACUAAAGUAAAGAUUACCUUGGAAUCAUAUACUGAUAAUUCUCCACUUAUUGCUAAUGAUUUCAACUGUGAUGGAUAUCUUGAUAUAAUCAUUGGACAAAUUUCACCAUCUGGUUUAAUCAUCUUAAUAGGUAAUGGAAAUGGAGAAUUUCGACUACAAAUAAUACUAAGUACACAAGAUGAUAUAUAUUCUAUUCCUUCCUUCAUUGCUGGAGAUUUGAAUAAUGAUGGUUUUCAAGAUCUGGUAGUUGGUAAUCUACAGUCGUUUGUUCAAUAUACUCUCUCUAAUAUAUGUCAGUGUUGUGUAGCUUGA